AGUCCAACUAGUAUAGUAUAUUCGUCUAUUCCCAAAGGCCAUGCUUGCGGGGCUCAACUAACAAUCACUUCCCGCCAACAGACUUCGACUCAACCAACCGUCAUGCCUCCAAAGCCUCGGGCCGGACAGAUUCGCAAGCCAGCACCACGGAGACGCAAGCCUAACACCAUAAACCUGCAGUUGGCAGUUGGUCAAAGCAUGGAUUACACGGCUACUGCCGUCAAUCCUGGUGCUACUUCUGCCAUGGGUCUGCCCUUCCUCGCUCCCAUGCCUAGUUCCGCACCGGCACCAAUCUCAGAUGCACCCAUAGCACGAGAAUAUGUAGACCUGUAUACUAUAUUGCCCCCUACUUCUUCCCAUAGGUACGAGCCAAGUUUGGCCCUUUACACAUCACUUGGCCCCUUUCUCAUUUCCUUGUCUUCCUCUGUCUUCCUUCUUCUUCUUCAUCAAUAGAGUCUUCUGUCACUCUUGUCCAUUUCCUUUGUCUCUACCGUCCAGCAGGGCUCGUACCAUUUAAAAGUCCCUAUUCAUAUUUGCUAACA